CCCCUCCCUCUCAAAUGGUCGAUACUUCGAAAUCAUCGGUUACAAUUUUAAUGAAGAUAAAAGGAGGUUAACCCAUGAGACCCUCAGAGCCCAAGCAUGAGCCAGGGGAGCAGUGCUUGUUUGUGGAUCCCAGUGUCUCAGCACUGCCCUGCACCGUGUGAUCGUUUCAAGCAUGCUUCUUGUGCCCACAAUGGACAUGUGUACUUACUAGGAGGCAGAGAAAAAUGCUCACUGAGCGAUUUCUGGAAAUAUAAUGUGGUAUGUAAUGAAUGGGUAGAAAUUUCCUGUAAUAGUGAAGAGGCACCUGAUGAACUGGAGGAGCACACCAUGGUAGCAUAUCAGGAAUUUCUCUAUGUCUUUGGAGGAAUGCAAGAUUCAGCAUAUACUAACUCAAAAAUACCUCUUUGGGUGUUUGAUACAGUUAAAGAGCUCUGGAUUAACUGGAAAACAGGGAGUGAAAAUGUACAGGAAGUGACACCAGCAAACAGAAAGGGGCACAGUGCAGUCACCUUUGGGUCAUCUAUGUAUGUUUAUGGUGGAUAUAUUGAUAUAAGAGGAUCGACAAAGGAAUUCUGGAAAUUUGAUUUCGAGUCCAGAGUGUGGUCGCUACUAAGCGGUGUUCAAGAUGGUCCUGGUCCCAGACAUUGUCACUCAGCUGUGACGCACCAGGACUGUAUUUACCUCUAUGGUGGCCUUCAGGGCCUGAGAGAAAAGAGGGAUCUGUGGAGAUGGUGUACUACCAGUCAAAACUGGAGCUGCAUCAAGUUCCAUUCAGGUCCAUCCAAGCUGGUUGGCCACUCUGCUGUGUUAUAUAAAGAUAGCAUGCUCAUCUAUGGUGGAGGAGAAACCCAGAGUUCUCCUCAGAACAGCUUAUGGAGUUUCAACCUGAAAACAAAUACCUGGAUGAAGCUGCCAUUGCUGCCUGGAUCUACUUCUCCGUGCCGGAUCUAUCACUGCAGCAUUGGUUUAGGCCUCAGUUUUCAGCCCACAGCCCCAAACAUCCACUGCAGGGUAAUACCCAACUCUCACAACAUCAGUAACAAGCUAAGGCCCUUUAAGAACAAGUGCUUACCAUCCCACUCCACAUUGCAAGAGAACUGCAUUGAGCUCCAGACUCUCCGAGCAGACAACAGGAAGUUUUUACCAGAUUUUACUAUUGCACUGAAAGAAUCAAAGCCUAUGGGGAGCUGUCUCACCUUUGAGAACCAGGAGGCUGUUAGUGAGAAGCGGAAUAGUGGUGGCCUGGCAGAGGAAACUGAGGACACCAUGUUUCUCCAUAUGCCUGACUUGCUUUUAGUAGUGGGAGGUAAACCUCUACUAGGACAGCAUGCUAUUUCAGUGUGGCAUAUGACAUUGGCAUGAAUAUGAAAGAAUGGAGUUUUUAUUUUCAGAGCAUCAUACAUUCUCUGUGAGAAAUGAAAGGACCUUCACAACAAUACCCACAUCCUGUGACAGAAUGGUGUCCUUAACCCUCAGAGCCCGACGGCAUCGUCCACGACAUCACACGGCACCUCCGAUAAAUAUUUAUAUAAUUUGAUGAAAGUUUUAUCGAUUUUCUUACCGUUUUUUCCAGCAGAAAGCUAACGAGCUAGCCAUCACGGGGGUGUCUUUGGUGUCUUUGUAGCCUUUACAGAAGGUUUUCUAUCCAGCCCGGAACUUGUGCCUCUUUUCUGAGUUUUUCAGCAAUAAAUCCAAACACUUACAUCCAAGAUUUAUCCACUUGAUGUCCAUAAUUUAUCAAUUCUCCAUCAUUUUUGCCGCUAGCUCGAUGAUAGCUGCCAUUUUGGAUAUCACAUGAUGCUUUGCGUGAGGUUGUUGACCAAUGACAGGCUGAUCCGUCUUCCACGUUGGUGUGCGUCAUUACGCAUGAACCAAGCUCUGAUAUUGUGGAGAGAGAAACGCACGGCAAAGUAGUUUUGAGGAGAGAGAGAGACGCACGGCAAAGUAGUUUUGAGGAGAGCGAGAGAGAGAGAGACGCGCGGUCCUCUCUCUCUCUCUCCUCAAAGUAGUUUUGAGAAGAGAGAGAGAGAGAUGCGCGGCAUAAUAGUUUUGAGGAGAGAGAGAGAGACGCGCGGUCCUCUCUCUCUCUCUCUCUCUCUCUCUCUCCUCAAAGUAGUUUUGAGGAGAGAGAGAGAGAUGCGCGGCAAAAUAGUUUUGAGGAGAGGUAAUAGUUUUGAGGUAAUAGUUUUGAGGAGAGGUAAUAGUUUUGAGGUAAUAGUUCAUUGUAAUAGUCAUGACCAAAAAGGAUCCUAGGGGCACCAUCAGGUGGAUCCGUGACGGCCCUCUGGUUUUUGUAAAGUGGAUGGACACUCGGGAAGUCUCUGUCUGCUCCACAAUUCACCCGGCCUUCUCUGGCAACACAGUUCAGAGAAGGGUAAGAACUCAGGAUGGAGGCUGGAACACCAAAUCCAUUCCAUGCCCAACCCCUGUCACUGAAUACAACAAGAAUAUGGGAGGUGUUGAUCUUUCUGAUCAACUCAUCCAAUACUACUCAGUUCACCAUAAAACUAUGAGAUGGU